AUGCUCUCAUCAUUCACUACAAAACUCGCCCUCAAAAAGGCCGGUAUACCAAGCGAUAUACUCUCCUUUCCCACAGAGAAGCGCGAGCCAAACAAGCUACGCAAAAAUCCUCCUGACCCUUCCGACAAUGAUGCAGACUCUAGCUGGUCUUCGUGGAUGUCGGUUCGCUCUCUGCCUCUUACUGUACAGCCGUGGCUAACGCCGCCUCCUGCUGCUGUAUCUGUUGGACGCGUACCUGGAAUCGGAGAUAAAGCCCCCGUGGAUAGAACGCAGAAGUUAAGGCUUGGAAGGAGGACUUUGGUUGUGUUUUUACGCUGUGUUGGCUGUGCAUUUGCGCAAAAAACUUUUAUAAAUCUUCGUACCAUGGCAAAUCGCUAUGGAGAUGCACUAACAUGUAUAGCCGUCUCGCACGCCUCAGAGCAAGCGACAAAGAAAUGGGUAGAUCUUCUCGGCGGCGCAUGGAGCGUUCGCGUAAUAGUCGAUGAAGAUCGAGCUCUCUACGCAGCAUGGGGUUUAGGCACGAGUAGCAUGUGGUACGUUCUCAAUCCAUCGACGCAAGUGCAAAGCUGGAAAGAGACGGGGUGGCUAGGUGAAAAGGUAGCGGGUGCGAUACAGGGUAAGACAACUCCAAAGCCCAAGCCAAAGACUACUGUUCAGGCUGUUGGGAAAGAAGAGGAAGAAGAGGAUGAGGGUCCUUUGACGACGAUGGGGAAUAAGUGGCAGGAAGCUGGGGCUUUUGCUGUGGAUGGGACGGGGACUGUUAUUUGGGGUGGGAAAGCUGCGAGGGCGGAUGAUGUUAUGGAACUUGAAGAUGGGGCGAGGAUUUUAUUAGCGUAG